CGUGACGUCGUUACUCUGCGACUAGAAGUUUAUGCGACAUCAUACGGCGAUGGCGGGCGCAAAAAAGAGUGUUAUACUUUCCUCUUUGGCAGACUAUGGAGACGACUCAGAGCCCGACUCUGAACCCGAAGCAGAAGAGACAGGGGGCCUUAGUGGGGGUCUGGUGUACGGCUAUGGUGAGGAUGAUCUGAACCGAACUGAGGACAUAGAUGACAAGGUGUCUGGAGAUGAAGACAGCAGAGAGAGUAACUCGGUCAGUAUUGAAAUGGAAGAAUCUGACGAGGGGAGGGACCCAGAUGAUGUUGAGAUCCCAGAAGCAGAAAGAAAGGACCCCAAUGAGCUAGUUGCUCUUUUCUCAGAGAAGGUGAGGAACAUGUCACCUGAUGAGAUCAGGAUCCCCCCCGAGCCCCCAGGACGCUGCUCCAGCCAACUGCAGGAGAAGAUCCACAAGCUGUACGAGAGGAAGCUCCAUGGAGACUUUGACACAAACAACCACAUCCAGAAAAAGAAAGAAUUCAGAAACCCAAGUAUUUACGAGAAGCUCAUUCAGUUCUGCAGUAUAGAUGAACUGGGAACCAACUACCCUAAAGACAUGUUUGAUCCUCAUGGCUGGUCAGAAGACUCUUACUACGAAGCUCUAGCUAAAGCCCAGAAAGUGGAGAUGGACAAACUGGAGAAAGCCAAGAAGGAGCGGACCAGGAUUGAGUUUAUCACGGGGACUAAGAAGGGCACAAACCCAUCCAACACAGCAGCGUCCACCACCAGCAACACCACCACCACCACAGCCACAGCAGAGGCCCAGAAGAGGAAAAGCAAGUGGGACUCGGCGAUCCCUGUGACACUGGCCCAGCCCACCCUCAUCACCACCACCGCCACCCUCCCUGCUGUCGUCUCCGUGACAACCACUGCUAGUGGCACCAAAACCACUGUCAUCUCUGCAGUUGGCACCAUCUUGAAAAAAGCAAAGCAGUGAACGUGACAUCCUGGUAGAAACACGUUUAUCUGUGAGAGUGAGUGACUGUCUUGAAGCUGGAAGACGUGUGUUAUCCUUCCCUCAUUAUAUAUCUGAGAAAGAUGCAGAGUGAGGACAAUGGGACUGAUGAAGUUUUAAAACCAACCUACAAAAGCGCUCUGGACAAAGACUAAGGUUUAGCUUCCUUCAAUCUCUGGGAUUGUAUCUGCACCAUUACAUCAUGAAGCCAAAUUCACAGUUUGGUGAGAGUACUCAAAGACCUUCUUGGAAAUCUGAGACCGAGAUGCGUGCAGAUCUUAUGCUGAUGAAUCAUGUCUGUUAUUCUUUCUUUUUUUUAUAUUUCGGCAACAUUUGUUAGUACGAACAUGACCAUGGCCCCAAACAGACCUGGUAGAGAUAGCUGAAAUGUUAUUUUUAUUUUUAUAGCCAUAGUUCUGGUGCAGUAUUUUCAUACCACCUUUAGCAAUUGGCGCAGAAUGCUCAUUGUUUUUCGGCUUUAUGUUUUUUUCUUUUUUCAUCAGCAUAUUCUCUUGGCUCUGAUGUAAGAUUUUUUACACUUGUACAUAUGGUAUGUGUUGAUGAUAAGGUGAAUAAAUAGAUCAGAUCUUGCCUUUUCAAAAGGA